GCACUUUGGUCGCGCGUGGAGUGAAGUUUUCUUCCAAGAUCCACAGCUUCCAUGGUGACCCGCCCCCAAACCUUCAAGAAUUUAUACCCCAAAAGUCCCCCCCUUCCUCUCUGCAAUGACUCAAACCCAAAACCUCAAAGAAAUGAUCUGAUCACCUUACCCUUUUCUUCUGGCAAAUGACCAAACUCAAUUCCUCUGAGUAACAAAGAAGAAGAUCGAAAAACAUGGCCAACAACCCGACAACCAACGCAAACAAGAAACUGAAACACCAUCGGAACCAAGAUUCAGAGGAAGUGGAAGGAGACCCUGAAGUUUGGGCAACAUUUGACAAGAGUUUCAAGCAAGUUCAGUCAGUUUUGGACAGGAACCGUGUCUUGAUUCAACAAGUCAACGAGAAUCACCAGUCUAAGAUUCCUGACAACAUGGUGAAAAACGUUGCACUUAUUCAAGAACUUAAUGGGAACAUAUCUAAGGUUGUUUCACUUUACUCUGAUUUGUCUUCCAAUUUCUCCACCAUGUUUCAUCAUAAGAAUGGUGAUGACCCCAAGAAUGGUGGUGUCCCAAGGGAGGGCUAACUUUUGAUUUAGAAAAAAAAAAUUAUUAAGUCUAAAUCUUUUAGUUUGUGGCUCUUCAGUUAUCUUUUCUAUAAUAAAUAAAAUAAAAGGGGUUUUAGCCUUUUAGGUAUUAAUUGUGACUUUGUUGGUGUUUGGUCCAUCUAAAGUAAUUGCUUCUGAUUUGUGUUUUAAGGACAUGAUAUGUGGGACUGCUUAUUGUCAUGUUUUUGAAACUUGUUUGAGAUAAUUUGGGAUUUAUGUGUUUUUUUUUUUUUUUGUUAUGAUUUUGUUGCUUUGUAAUAUUGAUGAUUAGUCGAUUUUGUGUCAUUGAUCUGGAAUUAAAAAAGUAUACUUUGAUAGGGUAUGAAUUAGCUGCAGAGGUGUGUUGUAGAUGGAAUCAUUUUGCUUUUUAUAUUUUGAAAGAGAUUUGAUCUAUCAUUGAGUCCAAUGCUCGGUUUAUAAUCCCGACGGAAGUGAUUAAAAUAAGCUAUUGGCUCUAAAAUUGUGGUUUUGGGUUGUGUAGAAUCUAGGAAGAUGAGCUUUUUAUGAUUUGGUUGGAGAUAUCCUUAAAAUAGGCUCAGUUUCAAGACAUAUCUCCAGCAAAAUGGCAUGAAAGGGGAAGCUUUUAGUAAUGAACUUGGAACCUCUUUUCAUCAUUCGUUGAUCAAAAUUUUCUUCUAUCCCAGCAAUGGGAUUGAUUUCCUUCCAUGCCGUAACCGAUUUUUGAUGUUUUUGCCUUAGAAAAUCAGGUGCAGUUGCCUUCGCUUUAAGUUUAGGUCCAUAAUUGGAUGAGUUAUCUUUCUUCUCCAAAUUUGAUUUCCCUUAUUAAACCUUGACUAGUUUCCAUUUCAGUUCUGAGGAAUCCAGGUAUCCUUUUGUUUCAGGUCUACUUUUCUAUGUCUGGCUUGAUCACCUUGGCAUGCCCUUUGUCAUGGUCCUAAAGAGGAACUAUGAAUUUCACGUUGGCUGAUUACUAGAGAUAGUAUUGAGAUAUAAAGGUUUACACUACCUUUAAUCUGUGAGUUGUUUUUUAUAAGACAAAAUCGUAAUAUCAACGGAUUAGAGCGGAUAAUACCUCUCAAAUUAGUGUGGAUCAUGACACCUUUCCUGUCCAAGGGCCGACAAAGAACCGGCACAAUAGAUUCUUUCCGGUAGGAAUAUAAAGAUAUAAAGGAAAAUUUGUCAAUUAAAACAACAUCCAUUCCAGCAAGAACCUGGCCAAGUACAACCAUGGCCGUCCAACCUUUCAAGGAAACCAAUAGCAUGCUUAAUUUCAAAUGGCCUUAGAAAUAUAGGUUUAACAAAGGGCAUUGCUUAAUUUCAACUGGCCUUUAUGCAAAUUUAUGAUUCCUUAGCCACAAUAUGGCGCUGUGAAAAGCUCAUGCAUAAAUAGCAACAUGAUUGACUGGAACAACAUAGACAGAAUUAUCCAAGAAAACCAAUGUUGCUCAUUUCCACAUCUUUCACAAGAAAAUAGACAAAAGCUCAUACACAAUGGUACAAGGCAAGUAAAAGAUGAUAAAAACCAGCUGUUUGUAAUGAAGAAUUGUGAUCCAUUGGUGGCUGGCCUAGCAUUCGACAUUGACAGCAGUCCUGUUCAUAAUCAAGGAAAUUUUGAAAAAGUAAAUAACAUCCUGUUCAUAAUCAAGGAAAUUUUG